AUGAAAAAACUGUCCAAAAGACCAGCUGUCAUCAUCUCGACCCUACACGGAUGUACUCUGUCAACUGUGGUAGCUUCUGACGAAGAGCUCUCCCUUCCGAUGAGCAUCUUUGUGUGCCUCCUUGAUGUGGAGUCUGCAGAUACGGAUCUCGAGCUCACUUCAGCUAAAAUAUGGACGGAGUUAAAAACAGAGUACCCGCAUUUCAACCUCGGUUGUGUGGUCGCCCAACGGGUUUUCAUUAUUUUGUAA